AUGAAACUCUAUGUGGCAGCCAUCCUGGCCAUUUCCUUUCUUGAGAACUUCAAGGUGUGCAUUGUCAGAGGAGCCGUUGGGGUUCAAACUAUUGCACAAAGUACCUGUGAUGAUUUUCAAUCAGAAGAAAUAAAAUACAAGAGCGUAAUUGGUUAUGAACGGCUAGAAAACAGCCCAUUAGAAGCUGUGAUACUGAUGCUCAGAAAGGGUGCAAAGGUCUGUGUGCGUCCUGAUCUUCCAUGGGUGAAGAAGAUCAUUCGCCUCAGAGAUGCAAAGACUAGAAAACGAAAACGAAAGACAUCCAGAUCUGCAGCCACAAUCUUCUAA